CCAAGAUCAGCCAACGCAGCUGUAGUCUCUGCACUUAUUUCUGCCCGCAAAAUACAAGCGAGCGGGGGUCAAUCAUCGCUACGCGAUUGCGCGCACGUCCGAUGUGUGCUCACAGUGCGUGCGAGUUGAACUGACAGUCUUAUGCAAGCCUCCCUACACAGAGACACGAUGUCCGACGCUGCUCCUCCACCAGGUAACAACGGGGACCCUGCACUAAACGGGUCAUGGGUGGAGCUGGAGAUCAACAGAAGUGGAGGUGCUGUCCCCCCUCCCUCCUCCUCCACCACCUCCACCUCCUCCACCACCUCCUCCUCAGGGCCCGGUGCGGUGGCGGCCCCGGAGCUGCCGCAGGUGGUGGAGGAGGAUGAUGUGAUGGUUGGAGGCCUGGAGCACGUGCCGUCGUCCUCAUCCAUCCACAACGGGGACAUGGAGAAGAUCCUGCUGGACGCUCAGCACGAGUCCAGCCGCAGUAACUCCUCCUGUGACAGUCCUCCAAGGCCCCACACUCCCCAGGAUGAAGGCCAGAUCAUAUUUGAUGCGGACAACAGGAGAGAUAGUCAGUCGGAGGUGGACAUUCUGGAGCGGGAGCAAGAGGAGGACAUCCUCAUGAAGGACUCUGAUUGGGUGGCAGACUGGUCCAGUCGACCAGAAAACGUUCCACCCAAAGAGUUCCACUUCCGUCACCCACGGCGCUCCUUGACGCUGAGCAUGAGGAAGACUGGGGUGAUGAAGAAAGGCGGGAUCUUCUCUGCUGAAUUCCUCAAAGUGUUUAUCCCGUCACUGCUCAUCUCACACAUACUGGCCCUCGGACUGGGGGUGUACAUUGGGAAGCGGCUGAUUACGCCUCCCGCCAGCUCUUUUUGAUUGACAGCUGAUGAAAGUGCCUGGGGCUCCGCCCGUUGAGGCCGGGGGGGGGGUUUGGGGAAGGCGAGUCAAAUGUUGCAGUUUGUACAAAGGAACGUCCUUCCCUCUCUCGGUCUGCCCUCCCUCUCUCUCCCCCCUCACACCUUUUUUCCCCUGACCCUCAUCCUCCUCCUCCUCUCCUCCUCUCCUCCUCUCCUCUCCUCUCUGCGGCCCACCUGCCAUAUAUGUUCUGGCCAGAGAAGUGCCAUGUUUUUUUCGGAGAAGAGAAGGCCCGUUUUUUUUGUUGUUGUUUUCUUUUCGACGGAGACGAAGGGCUUCCUAUGAGACAGAAAGAUGGUUGCCGUGGAAACCAAAUAGUUGAGCGGUGGCUCGAGUUCCUGCUGUGACUUUGUGUUAGAUGAGAGUUGUGUCUGUCCAGCAAGCUCAGGAUGUGUUCACACUCUCACAAACACACAAACACACACACACACACACACACACGCACACACUCACACACACUCACACACAACUUAUUCCUGCAUCCUGAAUGGGAACUCACUCCAAAAAUCUGGAAAUGUGAAAACGCAUUUUUGUUCCAGAUGACUUAAAGUGCAUGUUACUCUAAGUUUCAGUUCAUAUGUAGUUAUGUUUUUCAGUUAAGGCCCAGAACAGUGGUUUUGGAGAGCUUGUUUGGUGUGUGUGUAUGUGGUGUGUGUGUAUGUGGUGUGUGUGUGUGUGUGUGUUGUAGUUCAGAGCAGUGACUUUUGGAGAGCUUGUGUGUAUUCGGACAUAGUAGAGGAUCCAGUGGCCUGAGAAGACAUGAGGAAUGGAGACUGGCUUGGUCCUCCAUCUCCACACACACACACACACACACACACACACACACAUUCAUAUAUAUACGGACACACACACACAUACACACAAACAGACACACACACACACACACACACUUCAGAUUGUUUAUAAGUACCUACUUUGCUAAUGUCCUCUGUCUUAUCUUUUAACAAGAAGAAAAAUGCAUGAUGGGAACAAAUGCCUGCUCUAUGUGUUGUCAUGGAAACGGCACGCCAAGCUGACCCGUGUGCGGGCUGUGUGAGCUGUGUGUAAGGGCCUGGCACCGGAUGGCUUCAGGUUGGCAUUCACCCACGCUUGUCUUUAUGGGGGGGUUUUUUCUCGUCAAAUCACACCAGGCCAAGCAGGUGCAGUCACGGCCAGGUGAAAAGGACGCAGUGACCCCUGGCCGACCCCUGACCCCUGGCCCAACUCCGUGUUGCUUUCUCUGUUUGUGCUCAGAGAUUAGUUUCUCUGUUUUUUUCCCUGUUUGUGUGUGAGGAUCCCCAGCCCAGCCUCACAACACCCCACCCCAAGGCCUCCACACCGCACUCCCAUGAUGCACUGGUGUGGGUGGUGUGAUGUGACCGCUGGACCCCGCUCCUCCCAUCUCUCUGACCCAGCCGAUGGGGCAACCUGAGCGGACGUCUUAUGGUUACAUCACACAGUCACAGCCUCCUCAUGCUCUUCCAACACAGAUGCUCUCCGUUUCUGAAAACUUCCAGCUUAAGUUGCUUGCAGCUUCAGAGCGCAUCUAGUUUUAGUUGGUCUCCGUUUCUAGAUGCUUCUUUCCAGCCAUUAAUAGUCUAGCAUGUAGUAGCCUCAGGAGUCAUGGGUUUCAUUCCCAUCUGCCCCCUUGAGCAAGGCACUGAACCCCGAGUUGCCCAUGGAGACUGCCCCUUGUAAUUGGUAUCUGCCCACAUUUUUCCUACAGGUCGAGGAUCGAACCGGCAACCCUUCGGCAACCCCACGGCUGCCCCUAGCAUGGCUGCCUCUAGCAUGGCUGCCUCUAGCUUUGGAAUAAGGCGUCAGCUAAAUGCAUAAAUGAAUACAUUUCUUCUUCUCUUCAUCGCCUGCAGAAGACCCCUGGGCCUGUUCAGUAGAGCCAUGCAGCUUGUUGUACCCAUCAUGCUGUUUCAUAGUGCAUUCUCAUGAGCCCUGACCCCAGGGCCUGUUCAGUAGAGCCAUGCAGCUUGUUGUACCCAUCAUGCUGUUUCAUAGUGCAUUCUCAUGACCCCUGACCCCUGGGCCUGUUCAGUAGAGCCAUGCAGCUUCUUAUUAGCCUGGCCCCACCCACCUAAAUCUUCUUUCAGGGAGAUCUAGUCUGGAACACCAUAGUCCAUAACCGUUUCCCUUCAGACAACAAAAAUGUCAGGCCAAUCAGCGACGAGAGGGGAAGACGAAACCAAACCUUAUUGUGAUUAAACAGAAGCAGAAACACCUGCAAACAUCAAAAAAUGCAGAAAUGUAUUUACAGCAAGGUAGACCCACAUGCAUUGUUUCCUGACUGUUGAUGCUGAUUAUUGUCAGUUUGAAAAGUGUAGGUGAAAUAGGAAGUAACGUUAGGAAUCUCUGAUCAAUGUGAUUGGUAAGGCUGGACCAAUGAUUUAAAAGUUAGUGCCCGUCGUGAUGCAAGUGUUGCAAACGUUUCCCAGUCGAGAGUCACCACUCACUUGGUGAAUGAGUUUGGAUUUUUCCAGGCUAGCUUCUUAUACCUAUCAUAGCGUUUCAUAGUGCAUGAGUGGAGGGGACAUGAAGCUAUCGUAGUGCAUCAUAGGGCGUGUUAGACCUGACGUGGUGUUUCAUAGUGCAUGAACGUGGGGUGGGGUGCACGGAGGAUCUGCUGCCACACAGUCAGGGCUGGGUUCUCUUGGCUGCCGAAAAAAAAAAAAAAAAAAAAAAAACAGCAUUUUGCAUUUCUUCAUUCUCUUCAGUGUGUUUUGUGUUUGUAUUUUUUGGUUAUUAUUUUGUAUUUUUUUUUUUUGGUUUUGUUGCGUGUUUGUUUUUCUCUUGUUUUUGGAGACUCAAGCUACUCAGAACGAACUGAACGCACAGAGGAAGUGGCUCAGGACUGAUGGGAGGUGAAAACAACAGCGGUGUGUUUUAGACGGAAUUUAGAUGGAAUAAAGUUGGAGGAGGGUACACGUUCCACCGAACAACAUGUCAGGAGGGCAAAGACAGACCUAGUAAAAAAAAUUUGUAAAAAAUAUACAAAGAUUUGUAAAAAAAAAAAUAUAUAGUACUUGUUUUUUAUUUAAUUUUUUUCCAUCCCUGAUUGGACAAUUGAACAGAUUGUAUCAAUAAAAAUUUAAGAACAAACUGCUCCUAA